GCUCUGGAGGUUGUCAGCUUCAUCGGCAAAACAGUUGGCGCAGGCGCGGCACUGACAGCUGCUGUCUACUUACUCCGCAAAGUCUGUUUAAUAAUGGCCUGGAAAUCCGGAGGAGCCAGCCACGCAGAGCUUGUCAACAAUCUCCGCAAAAAUGGCAUUAUUAAGUCCGACAAGGUCUAUGAAGUCAUGCUGGCCACAGACCGAGCCCAUUUCUCUAGGUGUAAUCCAUACAUGGACUCGCCACAGUCAAUAGGCUUUCAAGCAACCAUCAGUGCUCCACACAUGCACGCCUACGCCCUGGAGCUGCUACAUGACCAGCUGUAUGAGGGAGCCAAAGCUCUGGACGUGGGCUCCGGCAGUGGAAUCCUGUCCACUUGCUUCGCACGAAUGGUAGGUCCUAAAGGGAAAGUUAUAGGAAUUGAUCACAUCAAAGAGCUGGUAGACGAUUCUAUAACCAAUGUGAAGAAAGAUGACCCCAGUUUUAUAACAUCGGGCAGAAUCAAGCUAAUAGUGGGAGACGGGCGAAUGGGCCACCCUGAGGAAGCGCCUUACGAUGCCAUCCAUGUUGGUGCAGCAGCACCGAUUGUCCCCCAAGCUCUCCUGGACCAGUUGAAGCCCGGCGGCCGGCUGAUUCUGCCCGUCGGCCCGGCGGGAGGAAACCAGAUGCUGGAGCAGUACGACAAAAUGGAGGACGGCAGCACCAAAAUGAAGGCCUUGAUGGGGGUGAUUUAUGUGCCUUUAACAGACAAAGACAAGCAGUGGUCCAGGUGGAAGUGACUUCCUUCUCCCCUUCCUCCCCCUCUCUCCUUCUCACAGUGGCAAAGGGAUGAACUCUGAAGAGGAAGGCAGUCCAUAAUCCACCUUUAAGUUUGAACCUGGAGAAAACUUGGAUGGGGUCAAACAGCCCGUGACAUUUUGUUCAAAGCAUAACAAAACGUGCUCUUUUUGUUUAAGUCUAACGACGGACUGGAGUAUCACACUGAUGACAGCCCAGAGGAGCUGGGAAGAAAGACUGCUUGAAGCUCAGCACAGAAAUGUUGGAGAGAGCUUUUUGUUUUUCUUUUCAGGCCUGCAUCUUUUUGGUUGUGUUUUCCUUUGAAACUGCUGGAUUAUAGGUUUGUUUUUUUUGUUUUUUGUUUUUCUGGUUUCAUCAUUUGAAUUGCAGUCAGCCAUUUUUACUGUAUUACAUUUCAGCAGCAUCAACGCUGAAUGUAAGAGGAACGCCGGACAGCGACGAGGAAAGCCUGAAACUUUUAGAUAAUUCACCUAGCUACAGUGUGUGUGUGUGUGUGUGUGUGUGGAUCAUCGAACUGUAGACUUCUCUGCUAACAUGAGCUUUUUUUCCCCUGCGAGCAGUAUUAGGAACACACACAAACACACACACACUGGCAACACAAUGGCUGAUGUAACCCACACAUCCUGUUUGGUGUGCAGCACUCUUAGGUCAUUCCUCACAUAGAAUAAGCAAUGCAUUGAUCAUACUGAAUAUACUCCAGGAGAGCGGAGCACUACUAACACCGACACACAUGCACAUACAGGGCUGUGCUUUCCACCUGGUGACGUGUUGCUUUCUGCUGCUGGUUUUCCAUUAACAGUUUGUGCAGGCUCUUCUGGUGACUGAUACUAAAUGGGAUAGUCACUGCUUUGCCAAAAUAAACACCAACAAUAUAAAGCAAAUGAAUGUCUGUUUUCUUGAAAUCAAAAAGCACAGUUUAUUUUGGGCGAUGGAUGACGUUUGGCUUUCACAGUUUCUGGAACGGCAUAUGAAAAUAAAGAGAUGCUUAUGUUUU